AGCAGCAGCAGGUGGCGCUAGUUAGUCGUUGCUCAUUGUUCGAGCCAGGCAGUUGAAGCAGAAGCAACAGUUAACAAAAACAAAAACAUGGUCGAUGUGGAGCUGCGAGAACUUAUGCAACCCUUUGUGCUGAGCGAUUAUCAGGUGCAAGAGGUGUACACACGGUUCUGUACUGAGAUCGCCAAGGGGCUGAGACGCAGCACAAACACGCAGGCUGUCACGAAAUGCUAUCCCACGUAUGUGCAGGAUUUGCCAACGGGCGAUGAGAUUGGCAAGUAUAUGGCCCUGGAUCUGGGCGGCACCAAUUUCCGUGUGCUGCUCGUCACGCUUAAGGGUCAUCAUGACGCGACGGUCGAGUCACAGAUCUAUGCCGUGCCCAAGGACUUGAUGGUUGGACCGGGCGUUGAGCUCUUCGAUCACAUUGCCGAGUGUCUGGCCAAGUUUGUGGAGAAGCACAACAUGCAAGAUGCGUAUUUGCCGCUGGGGUUCACCUUCUCAUUUCCGUGUGUCCAGGUGGGUCUCAAGGAAGCCAUGCUGACGCGCUGGACCAAGGGCUUUAGCUGCCCAGGUGUCGAGGGCGAGGAUGUGGGCCUCAUGCUACACGAAGCCAUCCAGCGGCGCGGAGAUGCCGACAUUGCAGUUGUGGCCAUACUCAACGAUACAACCGGCACGCUAAUGUCCUGCGCUCAUCGCAAUCCCGAUUGCCGUGUGGGCGUCAUUGUCGGUACCGGCUGCAAUGCCUGCUAUGUUGAGCAUGUGGAUAAUGUAGAGCUGCUCGAAACGGAAUUCAAAAGCGAUCACAAGCAGGUCAUUAUCAAUGUGGAGUGGGGCGCCUUUGGCGAUAAUGGACAGCUGGAUUUUGUGCGCACCGAACACGAUCGCGAAGUGGACAGUAAAUCGAUCAAUUGCUCCCAGCAGCUCUUCGAAAAAAUGACAUCGGGCAUGUACAUGGGUGAGCUGGUGCGCCUCACGCUACUGCGAGCCCUCGAGCGGAAUACCAUAUUUAAGCUGAGCACUAAGCGAGCGGAAUUCGCCAUCGUUUUGCGGACAAACACAAAUAUAUUUGAGACGAAGCAUAUUUCUGAGGUGGAAGACGACUCCUUUCCGGAAUUCUCAAACACAAGGCGCAUUAUCAAGCAGCUAUUCGGGGUGGAGAAGGCCGCCGUCGAGGACUGCCAGAAACUCAAGUACAUAUGCGAGUGUGUGUCUAAGCGCGCUGCCACCUUGGUGGCCAUUGGUAUUAGUGGCCUAAUUAAUAGAAUUAAUGAUCGCAAAGUGGUCGUCGGUAUCGAUGGCUCUGUGUACCGCUAUCAUCCGCAUUUCGACGCCUACAUACGGGAAGUGAUGCACAAGCUGGUCAAGUCGGACAAGGAGUUUGACAUUAUGUUGUCGGAGGACGGAUCUGGGCGUGGCGCAGCGCUAGUCGCCGCCGUUGCCAGCAAAAUCAAGUGAACAUCCAACAGUCCAUUAGCUACUUGUUUGUUUCAGUUGAACUUAAUAAAACAUAAGCAUAAUUGUUAAA